UUUCACUUCUCAUCAGAAGUGGGAUUCCCUCGUCAAUGUGAUUUGAUCUGGAUGGGAGAAAGCAACGUUUUGGUUGCCUGUACGGGCAGCGUAGCGUCUAUCAAAAUACCAAAACUGAUAGAACACAUAACAAAUUCAGAUGCGAAGAUUGAAGUCAAGUUAGUGACAACACAAAAUGCUCAACAUUUCUUCAACCCAGGAGAACUGACUGUUAAAGUUCAUACAGAUGCUGAGGAAUGGGAGAGUUGGAAAAGAAUUGGAGACCCAGUUCUCCACAUUGAACUGAGGAGAUGGGCCGACUUAAUGGUCAUUGCACCUCUAGAUGCAAACACCAUGGCAAAGAUCUCAAAUGGCAUUUGUGACAAUUUGUUGACAUGCAUUGUCCGGGCAUGGGACAUGAAGAGCCCUCUACUGUUUGCUCCUGCAAUGAAUACCCACAUGUGGGAGCACCCACUGACAGCUCAACACCUCUCAACACUGAGGGGCCUGGGCUAUAGGGAGAUCCCCUGCAUCAAGAAGACACUGGCAUGUGGAGAUACAGGGUUUGGAGCAAUGGCAGAGGUGGAGACAAUUGCAGCACAAGUUAUGGCAGCUCUACUGCCUCAGCAACAACACCCCUCAUCAAGUCAACAUGAAUCAAAAUGAUGACCAAAAUACCGCCAUCUUUACAUCAGUUCCUGGUAUCAGGGAUUCCCUAUCUAUAAAGAAUACAAUUAUGCUGGUUGGGGUAUCAUAUAUCUUAUGAAUGAGUGAGUCAUUGGGGUUUUACAUCCAUUUAGCAAGUGUUCCAGAGAUACCAUAGUGCGGAACACACUCUCUACACAUGUGUAUCACUAGAUACUUGGUAUGGUACAUCUCACAUGCUGUUUGAACGUAUAUUGGUCUCGCACCAUCAGGCAUGUAAUCAGAGUAUAUUAUACAGAUACUAGGAGUCUAAGAGUAUCUGUUUGAUGUGCACCUGUGGUGGGAUACUGUUGUUUUAGUUUUGCAAUAUUGUUACUUUGGAAAUAAAGUCUAUUUCUUCUUUUUUAA